AUGGAAUCAGGGGACUCCAAUCUAGAAGCCUUAGGGGUUUACAUGGCUAAAUCCUUGAAUAAAUAUGGUAUUGCUUAUGAAAAUAAUGCCCCAAGAUAUGAUUUAUAUUAUCCUUUAACAUUGCUUACUCGUCACAUGGUUGAGCCAAGAAUGAAGUCAGAAGCAGAAAAAACUGAAUCCUCGGGAAGUCUACUACCCAUGAGAAGGGCAUUUGAUGGUACUUUCAUUGUCGCUGGUGGUUAUGGCAGAGAAGAAGGAAACCAAGCUGUAGAAGAGAACCGUGCAGACCUUGUUGCUUAUGGUCGCUUGUUCUUGGCUAAUCCAGAUUUGCCUAGGAGGUUUGAGGUUGAUGCUCCUCUCAAUAGACCAAACAGAGAAAUAUUCUACACACAUGAUCCUGUUGUUGGUUACACAGAUUACCCAUUUCUUGAAGACACUGCUUAA